AAAAAAACUAGAGUUUCAAAAACUAAUUGAUACAGGUCAGUACAUGUAAUUAGUGUUAAUUUAAUCUAACUAUAUAAAUAUGUUUUUAGCUAAUGUACGUAACCAGGGCAAACACAUAACGACAAUGGAAGUAUAGAUAACGUGAAGUGUUUGAAUAAUCUUCUUGUGUACAUUUUAUCGUGAUAUUAGAUUAUCAUGGAAACUAGCAGUACUUCGUUCAUUGAGGAUUUACCGAAGGGACCUUUAGAUACAUACAGAACACGUUCAAAAUUGAAUUGGAAAAAAUUGAAAUUGGUUUUUGAAGAUGAGGAGCAAUUAAAAACCAAAAUAAAAUUAUGGAAAACCUUAGAACAGAAUCCUAUUUUUCAUGAUAGCGGACGAGAGUUAAAUUCAGAUGAGAUGAAACGACUGGCAGCAGUUCGAUUACAUCAGUUUAGGAAAUUAGAUUUUCUCCCCAAGUCGGCUGUUAAUAAAGGAAAUCAUAAACAAAGGAUGAGACACCUGAUGACUGUAAAUGAAGCAAUGAAUAUUUGUUUUCCCGAUGUCUCCGUGAAACAAGCGAUCGGGAUGCUGUUGCUGGCAACAGCGUUAGAAAAAUUAGGAACGGACAGGCAUCAAUUUGUUAUUAAUGGUAUCUGGAAUAGGCAGAUACUAGGAUCGGUGUCAUUGACCGAAGUCGCCCAUGGAUCGAAUACCAAAGAUAUGAAAACCACCGCAACAUACGAUCGUACUACUCAGGAAUUUGUGAUAAAUACUCCAGAUUUUCAAGCUGCUAAAUGUUGGGGUGGUAAUUUAGGCAAAACAGCAACAUGGACAUUGUUAUUCGCACAAUUAAUCAUAGACGAGCAGCCGUAUGGAUUACAUUUAUUUAUAGUUCCAAUUCGAGAUCCAAAAACUUUAUUGUCUUACCCAGGUAUCGUGGUGGGUGAUAUGGGAGAAAAAAUAGGACUUAAUGGUAUAGAUAAUGGUUUUAUCAUAUUCAAGGAUUAUAGGAUACCACGAGAAUAUUUGCUGAAUAGAGCUGCUGAUGUAACACCGGAAGGAAACUAUGAAAGCAGUCUAGCCGAUCCAGCAAAGAUUUUAGGAGCAGUUCUUGAAACGUUGUCUACUGCCAGAGUAGGUAUAAUGCAGGAAUGUUCUAACAUGCUGGUGUCUGGCGUUACAAUCGCAGUGAGGUAUGGCGCCGUUAGAAGGCAAUUCAAACCAAGUGACGGAAGUAAACAGGAAGAACUUCCUCUUAUAGAAUAUCCGUUACAUCAAUGGAGACUUUUUCCGUAUAUGGCAACUGCAGCGGUGUUCAGGAUUUUUGUGACUGAAUUUGCUGAAGAUUAUACCAGUUCCGUGGAAAAGAGCGCGUCAGAAACGCACUUAGGUAAUUUGAACGAUUUGGUAGCGGAAAUCCAUGCAACCGUUGCAGCUAUGAAGCCUCUGAUAUCCUGGACAUGCCGAGAUGGCAUACAAGAAUGCAGAGAAGCAUGUGGGGGUUAUGGAUUUUUAAAAUCUGCUCGUCUAGGUGACUUAAAAAGUACCAACGACCCCUGCGUCACUUACGAGGGUGAUAAUAAUGUUUUGAUACAACAAACAAGUAACUGGUUAAUUCGGCAAUGGAAUUCGUUGUUAGAAGAAGGGAAGGUGAAUAGUCCGUUGGGUACAUGCGCUUUUCUCAAAAACUAUAGACGAACUUUAUCCAAGAAGUUCACACCAAGAGUACCCGGAGAUGUAGUCGAUAAGAAAUUUGUAUGGGAAUGUUACGAAUGGUUAAUCACGUACCUUGUAAAGGUAACGGAUGAAAAACAAAAACAAUUGGUAGAUUCUGGUUUAUGUAAAUUUAAUGCAAGAAAUAAUACUCAAGUGUACAGGGCAGCAAUUUUGUCAAAAGUUUACGGAGAAUUUACAGCGUUGAACUAUUACUGGAACAGGAUUCAAAGAGCUGAUCAAGAUUUAGUACUUACAUUAAAUAAACUCGGAUUGUUAUAUGGUUUGUGGAGCCUAGAUAAGCAUCUAAUUUACUUUUAUGAAGGAAGCUUUGCAACGGAUAACGGAUUAAUUGUCACAGUCAAACAAGAAAUUUUGAAAUUAUGCAGUUCUCUGAAAGAUGACGCCGUUACUAUAAUCGAUGCUCUUGCACCUCCUGAUUUCAUCCUUAAUUCUGUUCUAGGAUCAUCCGACGGAAAGGUUUACGAGCGUUUGGAAAGUAUGUUCUACCGUAAUCCUGGGGCUUUGUCUAGGCCAUCCUGGUGGCAUGAAAUUUUACCUGAUAGUCCAAUAAACGACACAAAAUUAGUAUCGAAAUUAUAGACAAAAAUAAAUAUAUGCGCAAAUAUUGUGUACUGUAUGAUGAGAGAUUUAUAUGGAUAGAUCUAUGGUUUUAACUGCCAGAUAUUUCUGAGGAUCUGUUAAGUCAACCCCAAACAAUUUAUUUAUAAAUAUAUUAUAUGUUAUACAAAGUAUUAAUAACACUGUGCUUUUGUAAGAUGCUACAAAUUUAUAACUUAUCUGUAUAGGUAAAAUAAGUGUAAAAUGAUUUUAUUAUGAUGCAGUUUAUUUUUGUAUUUAAUGUAUUAAAAUAAAUGACUGAUCUUA